AUGGAAACAUUGAAUGGAGGAUGGACAGCUAUCCAAAAACGAGUCCUUGGAUCUGUAAGCUUUAACAGGAACUGGGAAGAAUAUAAGAAUGGCUUUGGUGCCCCGGAACACGAUUUUUGGAUUGGAAACGAGGUUAUUCAUCAGUUAACCAAGGGAAACAACUCGUACCUUUACGUUUCCAUCACACACCAGGAUGGAAGGAGACUGUAUGAGUUGUACGAACGAUUCUCUGUUCUCAGUGAAACAGAAAAAUAUAGACUUUUUCUGGCUGGAAAUGCCACGGGUACAUUAGGAGACCAGAUGUUAAACACUUCGGAUUCCAUCUCUGAUUUGUCUGGGAUGUACUUCUCCACCUUGGACAGAGAUAACGAUGGAUGGGUUGAGGGACACUGUGCUGCUGAUCAUGGAGGAGGGGGAUGGUGGUUUAACGAAUGUUACCUCGCCUUUCUCAAUGGUCCCUGA